AUGCACCGAACGACCAGAAUCAAAAUUACCGAGCUAAACCCCCAUCUCAUGUGCGUGCUCUGCGGCGGGUACUUCAUUGAUGCAACAACCAUCAUAGAGUGCCUCCACUCCUUCUGUAAGACCUGUAUCGUGCGUUACUUGGAGACCAGCAAGUAUUGUCCUAUCUGUGAUGUCCAAGUUCACAAAACUCGGCCGCUUUUGAAUAUAAGGUCAGAUAAAACUCUCCAAGAUAUAGUAUACAAGCUAGUACCAGGCCUUUUCAAAAAUGAAAUGAAAAGAAGAAGGGAUUUUUAUGCUGCUCACCCGUCGGCUGAUGCUGCCAAUGGCUCUAAUGAAGACAGGGGAGAAGUCGCUGAUGAAGACAAAAGAAUUAUAACAGACGACGAGAUAAUAAGCUUAUCCAUUGAAUUCUUUGACCAAAACAGACUGGAACGAAAAGGAAAUAAAGAGAAAGAAAAAUCGAAGGAAGAGGUGAAUGACAAAAGAUAUUUACGCUGCCCAGCUGCAAUGACAGUGAUGCAUCUAAGAAAGUUCCUGCGGAGUAAAAUGGAUAUACCUAACACUUUCCAGAUCGAUGUGAUGUAUGAAGAGGAGCCUCUGAAGGACUAUUACACCCUAAUGGACAUUGCGUACAUCUAUACCUGGAGGCGGAACGGGCCUCUCCCCUUGAAAUACCGGGUCCGACCUACUUGCAAGAGGAUGAAGAUCAGUCACCAGAGGGAAGGCUUGAAUAAUAGUGGGGAGCUGGAAAGUGACUCUGGGAGCGACAAGGCGAGCAGCCCAGCAGGAGGAAUCCCCUCCACCUCCUCCUGUCUGCCCAGCCCCAGCACGCCCGUUCAGUCUCCUCACCCCCAGUUCCCCCACAUCUCCAGCACCAUGAACGGCACCAGCAGCAGCCCCAGCAGUAACCACCAGUCCUCCUUUACCAACAGAGCACGGAAAACAUCAAUAAAUGGCUCCUCGGCCACUUCUUCUGGUUGACGUGCCAACCAGGCUACUGCCCCCGCCCCUCCUUUAUAUAGAUCUCUUCAUGCCAUUACAGCUUUAUAGAUGCUAAUCCAUGUGACUAUCGUCCAAAUUGCUUUCUUUUGUAGUGACACUGAACUUGGCUAUAAAAGGCGGACUAGGUGACAUUCAGGAUGGACGUUAAUGGAAGCGCAAGAUUGAAAUGUAAAUUGUUUUCAGAGGACUGGGAAGCAAACAAAAGUUACAUCUUCACCUGUUCUGAGUGAUGCGGAGUUGUUUCCGUCCCCAUCGUCUGGACUCGGGAGUCUCCAGAAGUCGAUACAAAUCCCGGGAAGUAGUUUGUUAAUCCAGACUAACUCCUCCAUUGCGUUCUCUUCAAUUGUUAUUGUUCUUAUGCUGUUUUGUGAACCUGUAGAAAGCAAGUGCUUUUUCAUCUUGAAAUCCAACAAAUGGAAAGAAUAUGCAUAUAAUAAUGCAUAUAUGUAGCCAUGUCACUGUGAAUAA